AUGACCUGAGCUGAAAUCAAGAGCCAGAUGCUUCACCUCCUGAGCCACCCAGGCGCCCCCAGGAUGGAGAGCUUUAACUGAGAGCUGCAGUCUUUAAAAGAAAAAAGUCAAAUGGAAACUUUAGAGCUGAAGACAUUAACAAUGAACCUGACUAAAAAAGAAUCCGUAAAAUUCCUUGUGAUGGAAAGUUUGAAAAAUUGAGAAGGUGAUGGAAGAAAAGCACAUAGAAAUCCCAGGAAAACAAAAACAAAACCAGAAGCUGUCCAGGAAAGGAAAUGGAAGCACAGAACACUACUUGGGCUCGGCAGGAAAUAACGUGUCCCGGGCGGUGGAGCUCCUCGAGAGGCUCCAGCGCAGCGGGGAGCUGCCCCCGCAGAAGCUGCAGGCCCUCCAGCGAGUCUUGCAGAGCCGCUUCUGUUCUGCCAUCCGGGAGGUGUACGAGCAGCUCUAUGACACGCUGGACAUCACCGGCAGUGCUGAAAUCCGGGCCCACGCCACGGCCAAGGCCACGGUGGCUGCCUUCACAGCCAGUGAGGGCCAUGCACAUCCCAGGGUAGUGGAGCUGCCCAAGACAGAUGAGGGCCUGGGCUUCAACAUCAUGGGGGGCAAGGAGCAGAACUCCCCCAUCUAUAUCUCCCGUGUCAUCCCUGGAGGCGUGGCUGACCGCCACGGAGGCCUCAAGCGUGGCGACCAGCUGCUGUCCGUGAAUGGCGUGAGUGUUGAGGGUGAGCAGCACGAGAAGGCAGUGGAGCUGCUGAAGGCAGCCCAGGGCUCGGUGAAGCUGGUGGUGCGUUACACGCCUCGCGUGCUGGAGGAGAUGGAGGCCCGCUUCGAGAAGAUGCGCUCUGCUCGCCGGCGCCAGCAGCACCAGAGCUACUCGUCCUUGGAGUCUCGAGGCUGAAACCACAGAUCUGGACCCUCACCCUCACCCCCUCCCCUGUACAGUAUUUAUUGUCACCGGCUCCUUAUUUAAAGAUCUUUGACCCUCA